GUUAAUCAUACAAAAUUCCUAUUCACGAGUAUGUCUGAGGUUGAGUGAGGUCCAUCGUAGGAACAGGUUCAAUCUUUUCAAUUUAAAUCAGCUAAACAAGUAAGCUAUAUUCAAAUUAAUACUCAUCAAUUUUCCAUAUAUCCUUUUGAAAAUCAUUCAGAAUGGUUUUAGGUCAAAUUCUACGUAGCACUUUCCAAAAAGUUGUUGGAAUUACUUCUCAUGGGUCUACACCAACUAAUUUUUUAACACCUUCAGCAUUAAACUCUUGGUCUAUUGACUUUGUUCGCACAAAAACACGCCAUCAUUUUCCUCGGCCUAAUGAAGCAAAACGUAUUAAAAAACAUGGGUGGUGGACAAGGAUGGCAACAAAAGAGGGACGCAAAGUACUGCAGCGCAGAAUACUCAAAGGGCGAUAUGUCCUCAGUCAUUGAUUUUAUUUUUUUACUUAUAUUAAAAUAAUUUAAAGUUAGUUUAAGGCAAUUUUGUGCUCAUCGUGUUUUAUAGACUAAAAUAAAAAAAAUAAUAAUAAUAACCAAUUGCUCGUAGAGUUAUUUAUUUUUUACUUGAAAUAUCUGGUAUGUUGUAAUGUGCCUUUAUUAUUUAUCAUUUUUAUGUUAGUGAUAUUGAAAACUUUUGGAUGUAAGCAGAUGCGCAUGAUACGCUGUUUUAGUGAAGCAAUUGAAGUUAGUAAAAUUAAACGAAAACAUAGUCGGAAUGUCAACUAUUAUAUGCCUUUACUUUCAGAAGCAAGACGAGAGUCUAUUAAAAAAAUUGUUUCUAUACAAAUGUCUGGUCAAUAUUUGAGUUGUACCACUAUACUUCGAGAUGGUAAUAUUCUUAAAGAUUGGAAGAUGCUUUACAUGCCAGAAGAGAUGAACAGAUUUCAUUUAGAUGAUGUCUAUAAUUCUGUUGCUGCACUCAUGAAAGAUUUACCUGAAAGUGAUAUUUACCUAAUUGAGAACUAUGUGAAAAUGCCAAACAAUGUGAAUGUUGCUGGUGCCAAUUUAUUUUAUGUUAAACUACAGACACUUGCUAUGCUAAUUGCUCUUAUCAACAGCAGCCAAACUAUAAAUACUUCAGAUAAUGCUCAAGAAUCUAUGAACAAAGUAAUACUAAUGAAAGCACGUUUACACGCCAGGCUAUUUCGAAUUAUUGUUGGUACAGAAAUUAUUUCAUCACAAGAUAUAACAGAAUUGAUGCUAAAAGGCGUCUUUCCCGAAUAUAUUACUCCUGUUGUUCCUGCUAUUGAUGCUAUUUUAACUUAUAGAUCAGUUAAAGAACCAAUUAUAAGAGAACUUAUGUCUAAUGGUCUUAUGUUAGCAAUGACUUUUGUAGAUCUAGUAUUGAAUUCAAAUCCAAAAAGUAUACAAGCACUUAAUGAAAGUUCUAAAAGAAAAUUAAAAACCACAAAAAAAUUAUAAUCUUAAUUUAUGUUAGUGAUCAUUUAAUGUAAAUAAAACACAUUUGACUAGAAAUUUUAUUUUUA